GGGGCAAGAAUUAAUAGAAAUUCUGAGUUAGCUUUUCUCAAUAUGGAACAUACAACCUCUUUUCUAUGUCGAGAGUCUUUAAGAUAUGCUCUACAGCAAGCUUACUCUUGCAUUGAUAGCUAUAUUAAGAAGUUGACAAAAUAAAUUCUAUUGUAUAUAAGAAUAGAGACAUAUUCAUCAAGCUAAGAUGUAGAGUUAAGAAAAGUAAAACACUGGAGGGAAACUGGAAAGAAUUCUUUUAAAUUUCAGAUUCUCACUGCCUAAUUUCCUCAUCUCCUCUAAAUUCAAGUUCAUCAGCAGACCUAAUACUAAUAUUUAUAAUGAACAAUACA